CCAGUGAGAAUUUCGUUCGACGUGUGUUGUGUAGUGCGACUUCAUUAAAAUUUAAAAAUUUACUGUCAAAUACCAAAAUAUCUUUGCUACAUGUGAAUCCCAAAUAUCUCAAUUCUCAAGAUUAUCUCAUAAGUGCAGUUAAAAUAAUUUGCUUACGUAUUACUAAGUCAGUGUGUUGAAAACCAGUGUUUAGUGAGAUCCUUUCACAAAAGAAUUGUUUUACCUGUGCGCAUAUUGAAGAUAAAGCAGUCAAUUCCGGAAUGCUAACAGUCGAUCACGCAACACACUGAAGGUGGUGGAGUGUACGCGACAGAUUGGUAUGGGCACGCGGUGAGACGCAAAGUAAACGAACACAAUGACAGAAGGCGAGAGACAGCAGAGCGCUGGCGGCGCGAAUGCCGCACCUCAACACAGAAAAGGGCACAGGAGACAAGAAUCAAUGUAUGCAAUGACGGGCCUAUACGCGGAGUCGGGUUGCGGUGAAAGCGGCGCGAGCGACGCUGCCGGACCGAGCGCCCCGCCGUCGUACCCCCCACGGGAGUCUAUCAAAUGUCACAGCAGAAAUCCUUCUGCUGGAAUAUGUGACAGAGACCGGGAACGCGAGAAGGAGAAAGAAAAACCCCAUCAGAUAUUCCCAGAAAUAUUAGACAUUCCGCAUGACUCACGAGACUGCGGUAUCCUAUCUUGGAGGCCGUUAUUUAUCCAGAGAUUCUCUAGUAUUAAAGUAUUCGUAUUUUUCCUUUCGUUCCUAGUUACUCUGCAGCAGGCACUAAGCUCUGGCUACAUCAACUCUGUGAUCACAACAAUCGAGAAACGUUUCGAAAUACCCUCCAGCCUCUCGGGGCUCAUAGCGAGCAGCUACGAGAUCGGCAACGUUAUUACAGUCAUUUUCGUGUCAUACUUGGGAAGCAGGAGACAUAUUCCUGUUUGGAUUGCUGUUGGUGCCGUUAUCAUGGGCAUCGGAUCGCUGGUGUUUGUCGUGCCGCACUUUAUAGCGGAAGCGAACAGCGAAAUGUUGUCGAAUAAUAAAUCGGACGAUAACAUCUGCCGGCUCCCGCGAGCUCUCGAGCAGGAUAUGGGCGGCCUCGGCAGACUCUCGCAGGGCCUGCCUCCUGCCAAUUUGAGACCCGACAAUUGUAUUAAGAGUUCUCCGAGCACAUUUGUCCCAGUCAUGGUGUUCAUAGUGGCACAAGUUCUAUUGGGAUGUGGCGGAUCUCCACUUCUAACACUCGGCACCACGUAUGUCGAUGACCACGUGAGGCCAGAGUCUUCUAGUAUGUAUAUAGGUUGUAUGUACAGUAUGGGCGCUUUUGGUCCAGUUCUUGGAUUUCUACUCGGUGCCUAUCUUCUAUCCUUCCACAUGGAUUCAUUUUCUGGUGCUAUUAUUUCUAUAGAUCCUGGGGACCAUCGUUGGGUUGGUAUGUGGUGGGGUGGAUUCCUACUCGGUGGUCUGCUACUAAUUCUAGUCGCUAUACCGUUCUUCUCGUUCCCGAAAGUACUAGUACAUGAGAAGGAAAAGAUUCGUCUAGUGGAAAAAGCGGCGGCCGCCAGCGGUUCCGGCACGAGCAAACCGCCGCCCAAACCGCAGAGCGAUAUCAGGGACACAGGAUAUGGAAAGGAUAUUAAAGAUAUCCCCGUAUCAAUGUGGCGUCUACUCAAGAACCCGGUUUACGUGGUGACCUGUUUAGGAGCGUGCAUGGAACUCAUGAUAGUAUCCGGAUUUGUUGUAUUUCUGCCCAAAUAUCUUGAGACGCAGUUCAGUCUUGGAAAGAGUCAGGCCAGCGUAUUUACAGGAUCCAUAGCUAUCCCGGGUGCAUGUAUCGGCAUAUUCAUGGGCGGUUGCUUGCUCAAGCGACUUGAGCUGCGGCCGAAAGGCGCAGUACAGUUUGUGCUCAUAUCCAACACCAUUUGCCUCUCGUGCUAUGCGCUGCUGUUCUUCCUCGGCUGCGAUAACAUCAAGAUGGCCGGCACUACCAUACCGUAUACAAAUAAUAGCAACUUAGAGCCAUUCAAAGUGAACCUAACAGCAGCAUGCAACUUCAACUGCCUGUGCACGGAGACGGAUAUGGAGCCGGUGUGCGGCAACAACGGGCUCACUUACUUCUCGCCGUGCCACGCGGGAUGUGCUGCCUUUUCGUCGAGAUCUAAUUUCACUAAUUGUGCUUGCGUGCACGAGAACCGCGGCGAAGUGGUAUCGGCAGUAGGGGGCGUGGUGGGCGCGGCCGCGUCGGCGCUGACCGCGGGCGGCGCGCGCGAGUACAGCGAAGUGACCGUGGUGCCCGUGGCCACGGCGGGCGCCUGCAACCCGCCCUGCACCACCAUCUUCCCCUUCCUCGUGCUGCUGUUCUUCAUGACCUUCGUGGUCGCUGUCACACAGAUGCCGCUGCUUAUGAUUGUGCUACGAUCAGUCAGUGAAGAGGAGCGUUCAUUCGCUCUCGGCAUGCAGUUCGUGAUAUUCCGUCUAUUCGGCUACAUCCCCGCGCCCAUAGUGUUCGGCAACCUGAUCGACUCCACGUGUCUGCUGUGGAAGCAGUCCUGCAGCGGGGAGAAGGGCGGCCGCUGUCUGCUGUACGAUAUAGAGCAGUUCCGAUACAGAUACGUCGGUCUUUGCGGUGGCAUCAAGAUAGUAGCGUUGGGCAUAUUCAUGGUGGACUGGUGGCUGGUGCGGCGCCGCAAGCACCUGGAGACCGCGCCGCCGCUCGACCCGCACAAGGACAUCGCCGGCUCCAUCAUCAGCCUCGACAAGUUAUUCGAAGAGCUACCUUCAGCGGACAACGCAAGCGGCUUCCGUUCUGGUAUCACGACCGGCCCCAGCUCCGCCAUCACGUCGCCCAUGGACCCCGACGCUGCGCACACCGAGCACGGCACCAAACUGCAGCGCACCGACUCGCAGUACUCGCAGGACUCACAGCCUCGCACCAUCGGGAAGAACUCCCGCGUUCUGGUCGCGUCUCGACACCUUCGAAACGACUCCAAAACGAUCCAGCUGGAGCCGCGAGGCAGACAACAUUCCCUUGAAGAACCGGAGAGAUCUCGCGCGGUCCGCAGCGACUCGAGACACUCCCGCGACUUCCCGCGCUCUACAUCGAGAGACUUUCCCGGACACUCCAGAAACAGCUCCAGGGACUUCAAAGUACAUUCCCGCGGAGACUCGCGAGACCUGAGCCUCGAACAACUCAAACACCUAGCGAUCAAGAGCAUGGAGAGCCUCGACUUGACCGUCCUGCCGCUCACCAAGUGCGUCGACGAAGAGAGCAAACGCCUUAUCGAAGGCGCGGGCGUGCUGCGACACAGAAGAACCAACUCCAAAGAUAUGAAACCCCCGGAGACGAAACACAAACGUACCUCGUCACAUCACAUCACUAUGGAACCAAACGAGUUGAGUCUGCAGAUGCAGAAGGGUCGCAGCGUUGAUCAGCUGUCCUCUACGACCGUCGAUCCUCGAGUCUGAGAACUCCUUUGCUCAAAUAGAAGUGAAUCUCAACGCGACGCAGCUAUUGGAGGGUAGCCAUGUCUAUCCGUACAGCUGCAAAAACAUUCUAGUGAAAUUUUUAAUUAAUAAAGACAAAUUAAAAAGUGAGUGAUAAAUGAAAAAAAAUUAUAUGUUCAAGAUUUAAAAAAAAAGUAUCAGUGUAUAAUUGAAUGUGUUUUGAGAAGACUGUACAAAUUAUUUCUUCUAUGCUUAGCCCAAUGCAAGUGAUUCGAAACCAUAUCUUAGUAGUUAUAUUAAAGCUUUCCAAUGAUGAGACUUGCUUUCUGCAGUUUUAGUAGUACCUAGUGUUUUAAAACCAAACCAAAAUUAAUUUAUUUUGGAUUCAUAUCUAGGAGAAUUUUAGUGCAUUGUACAUAUAGACUCAACGUCAUUCACUAUAUUGGUUUGCAUUCUAUAGGAUUAUAUUUUCUUAAUACUUUGUAGUAGUAUUUAAAAUAGAAUAGUUUAGAUAUCCAUAUUUACAGAAAAAAUAUGUAAAUACCGUCAAGUUAUUUAUGUUAAUAAACUGUACUUAAUGACAACCUUUGAUAAGCAAUAAUUCAAUGUUUUCAGUGUGAUACAGAUUAAAUGCUAUAUGGGACAGUGUCCAAAAGAACACAAAUUAAUAAUAAUAUUAAUAUUUACACUAAAGAAUAAUUAUCACAAGGCCUUAAACGAAUAAAAGUAGAUAUUUAAAGAAAAGUUUAUUAAAUGCACUUUAAUAAUUAUUGUUAUGAUAACUGCUUGAACCAGAACCAUAAUAUUGGCUGUUUGAAAAUACAAUAAAAUUGGUAUUGUAAAAAUGUAAAGUGCAUUUAUUAAACCAAAUUAGGAUAAUGUAAAAUCACUUUUUUGUCCUGUGGACUAUUCCUUUUUAUUUUUUAUUUAUACCCCAAUUGAUAAACGGUAGUAUGUUUAAUUAUUGACCCAUUAAUAUGUAUAAUUAGGUAAAAAGACAAAAUUUUUGAUAGAAAAAUGAUUAAAUCUGCACAAAGGACCUGUUAAGAUUAGAUAGAAAAAAUUUAUUUGUACAAUGAACAUAGAAUUACAUUCCCUACUGUUGAUAUGGCGAUGCACAUUCAAUAUAAGUAAUAGUUCACUACAUAGUGUGAUUCCCUCUAUAUAGUGUAGUGAUUACUGAUUAUGAGAUGCUUGGUUUUAUUUGUUAACAAUAAUUUUUCUUUUUAAAAGAUUAAUUUGGAUAUUUGUGCCAUCUACAACCAUAGAGAUACCUUUCUUUUUAAAGUUCCAUAACCCAACUUAUCCUUCUGAUGUUGUCUUUCAUUUAGAUUGUCCACCUACUGCCAUUUUGUUUUUUAACUUGUGGCUAUAAAAGUAUUGGUAUUCCCUGAUCUGAUGCAUAAUAGAUAUUUGGUAAUGCUUUCAUCAAAAACAAAUAAAUAAAUGAGAAAUGUUGUAUUCUAUUUGAAAUAUUUAUUUCAAUAAUUUGCAAUGUACCAGUUCACAAUUACAGAAAUAUGAUUGUUCUUAUCGCUAUGUUUCAUCAGUUAAGCUCUAGCACUACCAUCUGUCUAUUAAAUUUUGUGAUGCAAAUAUUAUGUGAUCUCAAAUUAUUUAUGAAGAGUGAGAUUUAUACACAUUAGUUAAUUUUUUGAGACAAAACAAGUUUUUAAUGUUUAUAAUUUUGAACGUUACCCUUUUUUCGAUGAUUCCUUCCCUUUUUUGGAAUAUGUUUUUUGAUUUCUUUUUAUUUCUUGCCAUUUCAAGUUACAAACCUGAUUAUGUAAGGGUUAUAACAACACGAAAUAAUACUUUCAGUUCUUUAUUAUUAAAAAAUGUUAUAUUUUAGAUGAGAAAUAUGUUUGUUUACUAGUUAAUUUUUGUUUAUUAUGUCUACACUUAUGUAUUUGAAAACCCCCUCUUUUCAUGAAAAAUUACUAAAAUUCUGUCAAUUUGUGGGCUGAUAUUUUAAAAGUUAAGAAUUCAAUUACUAUUGUAGAAUAUUAUUUUAGUAUAAAUAUUUUAAAAUAAUUCACUGAUGUGGAAGAGGCAAUGGAUAGUGUCUGUGUAAAUUUUCGUCUUAUAAAUGUUAAGAGAGAAAUAGUUUGAUAUGAAUAAAGUGUUUAUCUAAAAAUGCCUUACAAUAGCCUUAAGACUUGAUACUGAUUUAGCUGUACCAUUGUCACUUCAAUCACGAAAGUAAUUGUUUGAUAAUGACAACUUCUAAACUAAUUUGUUGCAUUUAGUGAUUAAUAAAAUUGCAUACCUAUUUUAAAA